AUGCUACUCAUGUGAAAGRUCUGUGGAAGUGACCUUUAAACAUGUUGUGUCUCUAAAUAUUGCACACAUUAUAGGUUAAUUUCAAAAUCUUCCUUUUCCUGGUCUACCAAGAGCUUUAAGUACAGGUAGAAAAUGACUUGUGAUCAGUCUAUUCUGUCGCUUUAAUCAAUGGUGUAUAUAUAGUUCAACUGUGCUCCACCUGAACCAUUGCUGGAUGAAUCACUAGGACCAUGUUGUGACAAGUUAAAUUGAUCACAGCGCAUUCAAGCAAGCAAGGAAACAUAAAAGAGACAAACAACUGUCUGACCGACAAUGUACCGACCGUUGCUAGAAGGUCUUGACUAGUACACUGUUUCAAUACUUUAUGAAGCUCUACUGGAAUAGUAAGUGCCAAAAGGAUUUCACAAGGUAAAGGAGAGCAUUUCAUCGUUGAUAAUGGGUCUGUUUUUGUGUCGAUGUGGCCAAGCCGACGACGCUGCUGACUAUGAGCCUGUUGGUACAUACGAUGGUGAAACAUCAUUGGGGAUGAGACAUGGUAAAGGAGUUUACUAUUAUAAGAAUGGUGAUAUAUACGAUGGACAAUGGAAACGAGGCAGGAAACAUGGAUAUGGCGUGUAUACCUACCUAGAUGGAACACAGAAGAGAGGUUUCUURGUUGAAGACGAGUUCAUCGGAGUCAAUCCCGGCAGUCACUUCGCAGAGCCAAAGGAGGAAGAAGACGAUCCAGCAAGACCUCUUGACCCAUUGUGCAAACUCAGCCCAAGGGAAAUCGCCGAAAGAGAAGCCAAAUUGAGACUGGCCCAGCAAAGACUUGAGGAGGGUGAGAAAAGACGGGCAGCGAGAAAAAAGAAAAGAGAAGAAGUCAGGCAAAAAUAUAACCUUAAAUAGCGACAGUACGAUACAAUGCCGACAUAAGCACGGUAGACCAGGGAACUAUGGACGAAAUUCGUCCGAGCAUAAUCGAAGYUCGGACGAGGCUGUUUCAAAUGCUUCGCGAAUAUUAACGAGAGUUUUCCGAAAGUCACCGAAAGCUUUCCGAGGUUAAACAAGUGAAUGAACGGUUGGAAGAAGAUUGCUUCAAGUAAAAUCAAGAUAUUAAUGAAAGUACACGAGAUAUUUACGAAAUUAUCCAGGCAAAUUACAUGACAAGGAGUCCAGAAUCCGACAAAAGUUUGCCUCUUGGAUCCGGAAUCAGACACUUGGAAUCUGGAAUCCGAGGCCGCAAUGAUAACAGAAUCCUAUCAACCAAGAGGAAACCGAAAGACAAAUUAGUGAUUUUAAAAUUGAAAAAGUUUCUUAAUUGUCGCAGCGUCGCAUUUAUGGAAUGGACCGAUGAAGCAUCACAGGUCACUUGAAAUUAAAACUAAAAAACUCAUCUGUUAAAUGAAGCCUUUAAUGAAGUUGUUUUAAUCAUUUUAUUUAUUAUUCAAGCUACGUUUCUAUUGAAGAUAUCUUGAAAGCAGCUUGGACUCUAGGAUGGGCGCUACUAUAAAUAUUAUAUUAAAAUUAUUGUAAACGAUCGGGUCACUUACGACAAAAAAAGCUAGGACAUGCUUUGCAUUCUCAAUCCAAUAUGGGAAAUCCUUCAUGGAACCAGAAUCCAGCAACUUAGAAAUCUAAAUAUUUUUACAAGAAUGGCAAUGCAGUCUAUCGGAAACUGACUGCAAAUAUUCGAAAUCUGAAAUAUCAACUUAAUUUAUUAAUCGAUCGAAGGUUUCAAAAACACUUUACACGAA